AUGACAACCAAACGGCCAAACUUCCUAAUCAUCGUCGCGGACGAUCUCGGGUUUUCUGAUGUCAGUCCCUACGGAGGCGAAAUCCAUACACCGACUCUCGAGAAGCUCGCCAAAGAUGGCAUUCGCAUGACGAACUUCCACACUGCGUCGGCAUGCUCGCCGACAAGGUCGAUGUUGUUCUCUGGAACUGAUAAUCACAUUGCUGGGCUUGGUAGCCAAAUGGCUGAGCACAUGAGGCACUUUGGAGAUUAUUUCAAAGACAAGCCCGGCUACGAAGGCUAUUUGAACUGGAGGGUAGCUGCUUUAUCUGAGAUCUUGCAAGACUCUGGCUAUCACACCAUUAUUUCUGGGAAAUGGCACCUCGGACUGACCAAGGAGCUCGCACCUUGCAAUCGAGGCUUCACGAAAAACUUCACCUUCCUGCCGGGCUCUGGGAAUCACCAUGCUUAUGAGCCUCAAUUGGACGACGACGAAUUCAAAAUCCCGAGCCUCGAUACAGAAGGCCAUUGGAUGGAUGGCGAUAGGUUCAUCAACCACAGGACGGACCUUCCUGAUGAUUUCUACUCGACGCGGUACUUCACCGAUCGUAUGAUCAAAUUCCUCAAGCAGAGAAACGAAAAGGAAAAAGAACAACCGUUCUUUGCUUACUUGCCCUUCACCGCACCUCACUGGCCCCUCCAGGCCCCACGAGAGGUAGUCGAGAAAUACGCUGGUAAAUACGAUGAUGGUCCUGAUGCAUUGACACAACAGCGACUACAACGCUUGGUGAAUCUCGGUCUCGUGCCCAAGGACGUUGUACAUGCGCCACCAGUUGGCGUGAUGGGUAAAGACUGGGAAAACAUGACGGAACUAGAGCGCAAGGAAUCUGCACGAAAGAUGGAAGUCUUCGCUGCCAUGGUGGAUCUCAUUGACGAGAACAUUGGACGAGUCAUUGAUCAUCUAGAGGCUACAGCAGAGCUCGAUAUCACUUUUAUCUUGUUCAUGUCGGACAAUGGUGCCGAGGGCGCUGCACUCGAGGCCAUACCUAUGAUGGGAAGAGAAACAACGUUUGCUGGGAUAGUCCAAAAGUAUUACGACAACAGUUUGGACAACAUUGGUGACAAGACGCCUUUCGUCUGGUAUGGUCCGCGAUGGGCAUGUGCCGCGACGGCACCAUCCCGUGGUUCAAAGUAUUGGAUCACGGAGGGCGGCAUUCGUUGCCCAUGCCUAAUCCGCUAUCCACCAUUUCAAGCCAAGCCCGACGCUAUCACGCAUCGUUUCACCACCGUUAUGGAUAUCCUCCCCACGAUCUUGGAGAUGGCUCAGGUCCAACACCCUGGUACGACGUUCCGAGGUCGUCGAGUCGUAGUACCCCGCGGCAAGUCCUGGGUGGAUCACUUUACUUCUUCCGAUUACGCGGGGCCGGACUCGACGGUUCACGGAGAGGACGUGCACGUCCACGGCUGGGAGCUCUUCGGGCUCUGGGCGAUUCGCGAAGGCAAGUGGAGGGCAGUGUGGUUGAAUAAACCCAGGGGAAAGGAUGACUGGGAGCUUUAUGACGUGGAGAAGGACCCUGCGGAGAUGAACGAUGUAUCAGACAAGGAGCCGCAGGUGAUGCGGGGGCUUGUCGAUCACUGGGAACGGUACUAUGCAGAGACUGGGAUGACCCAAACACCAGAGUUUGCUAUCACCAAGGCUUGGCAGGGUCUGAAGAUCGGAUGA